CGGAAUACCGACCUAGCCUUCCUUCGAUCACCGUUGCCUUAUUCUUUGCCACUCAACCCAACUCGAUAAAGAACAAUCCAGUAAAGCAUUCCAGCUUGCAUUCACCUAGUAGAUUUGUACCACCUCCCGCUGAGAGAUGUUUUCUGUCGGUCGCUUCGAUCCCAGGAAGGAGGAUGCUCGGAAUAGCACCGGCAGCAGAAAGAAAAAAUCCCGAACUAAGGAUGACCAGGCCGAAUCGAAAGACAGGAAGAAGAGGAAACGAAAAAAAAAAACUUCGCCCGGUGCCGAACGCGACGGUACAGAGGGAUCCUCUUCGUCUCCAGUGGGAUCGGAAACUCCUCCCUUGCCAGCCGCAGCAGCAACGGCGAAAGGAACCGAGAGCGAAAAACAACCACAACGACAAAAAUCCACGGACGCCAUGGUCGAAGAGAAAGGAACAAAGCCGGAGGCCGCCUUUCACGUCAUCGCUCCCGAAACGGACGGGGCGCUCUCUUCCCAGAAAAAUCUGGCCGGGAAAAUCACGGCCGAAGCCUUCGAUGAUCUAGACCUGACCGACGACGCCUGGCUCGCCACAACAAAGGAACAGAGAAACGACAACCACAAGAACGAUGGCGGCGAUUCGGCGUCCCCGCCGGGCUUUGAUCCGGGUGACGAAAUCGAACGGGCCCUGGAGAUGACGCGCCUGCCGAUUGUCGAAGCGGCGCGCCGGUGGGGCAUGGCCGACUUUUUGGUUCGAAACCUGGUAUCAAACGGACACGAACACUUCUUUCCCAUACAAGCGCUGGUGAUUCCGGAUGUCAUCGUUGCGGAGCGCCACAUGAUGUCCCUUCGGGUCAGGGACGUCUGCUGCGCGGCUCCCACCGGGAGCGGGAAAACGCUGGCAUUUGUCCUGCCCGUCCUAAACGCCCUCGCUGCCCGCAGGGUCCGUAGACUCCGGGCGCUGGUGAUAUUGCCGAGCCGUGACUUGGCGCAGCAGGUGUACGAAGUUUUUGAUGCCUAUAGCAAAGGAUCGAAGAACGAUCUCCGAAUCGGAUUGGCAAUCGGCCAAACCGACUUCAAGGCGGAACAAAAGAAACUGAUUUUUGGGGACAGCGACGAAAACGAAGAUGGAAACAAUUGGACUCGAUUGCAAAAUUCGUUGGAUCCGGGAAACCUAGAAUUAGCUCUUGAUGCAAUGAGGGAACAACUAGAAAAUGAUAACGACAUAGGCGACGAAACAAAAGAUUGGAAAAGCAACAAUGCAAAAUCCAAAAUUCCAGCAGGGGGAAUCAGCGCAGUAGAUGUUUUGGUUUGCACUCCGGGCAGAUUGGUAGAUCAUCUAGACAACACCCCAGGCUUUACGCUGCAGCACUUGCGAUGGUUAGUUAUCGAUGAGGCCGAUCGGUUGCUUAGCCAAUCCUAUCACGGUUGGAUUCAGCGCGUUUUGGAUUGUGUACACGCACCUCCAGCUCCAACAAGCCGAACUGCCGAGUACAAAACCGACGAAGGCACAAUCUCCAUCGACCCAGUCACGCAUCGGCGAUCAGAGAACUCUUCGUUUGUCACUGGAAUCGGACCAGAAAAGGACAACCAAUCAUCUUCCGAUGUAGGAGUACAUUCCAACAUCUGCCAACGAAUUCAACUUCGAAAGCUUCUAUAUUCUGCUACGCUCACGAAAGAUCCGCAGAAGCUCUCUGCGCUUCGUCUCAUCAAUCCAAAAUAUUUCAACGCCCACGAUCUGAAACGGCGACAAAAUGCAAUGUUGGUCCACAAAGACAGUAGCGCCAGCAAUCUAUAUCGAAUGCCGGAGCAAUUGAAAGAAUGCACCGUCGAGUGUACCGCCGAACAAAAACCUAUUGUUCUCUUGGCGCUCAUACUGGAGAGGUUGAAAGAAUAUCGCGAAUUAGAGGAACUGGCUGCUUCUUCAUCGUCAGGAAAACCAAAAAAGAACACCAUCGUUGUUUUUGCCUCCAGCCUCGAGUCGACACAUCGAUUGACGCGAUUGCUCCAGUUGCUGUGGCAAGCCGCGGACUACGGAACAUCGCCCGUCGAAUUUUCAUCGGCACUCAACCAGCACCAGCGAUCCAAGCUGAUGAGACGAUGCAACGACCCCACCGAUCGUUCCGUAUCGGUCUUGGUUUGCUCCGAUGGGAUGUCCCGAGGCAUGGAUCUAGCGUCCUGUCGCGCUGUCAUCCACUACGAUGUACCUGGAAUGGCCAAGACCUAUGUGCACCGGUGCGGCCGAACCGCUCGUGCGGGCCAGGACGGGACGGCCAUCGCUCUGCUCAAGGGAAAGGGCCAGGCGGGGCAAUUUGCGAGACUUCGUCGCUUGAUUGCACUGCCAGAGAGGGUCACAAAGGCUUCGGUCAAGACAUCGUUGGUCAGAGACGCUAUUCCUUUGUACAAGCACUGCGUGUCCMGUCUGCGAGAUGUUUUGGCGGCAGAGGAUCGCAACGAACUGAAGCCCACGGAUCCGGACUUGACCCGUUGGCUGCCUGGCAACGAACAAGAUUCCGGGGACAGCGAGUCGGACAGCGAUGAUAGCGUAACUAGCGCAAGUAGCAUGUGAUAUAGACGCAGUGACAUGUGCUUCGUGCUAUGGUGAUUAUAGCGAUGAAACUGUAUUCAUAGAUGCAUUCAUUUCUAAAGCGGGUCACAUGGCACCAUUAUUUGCUAUUGCGACGGAACAAUUACUUAGAUAUUUGCUAUUGCGAUGGAGCAAUUACUUAGAUUAAAGAUCUUAUUGGAAUCGUUAAAUUUGUAUUCUAUCGUAGUGCAAUGAUUGCUCGGUUCAUGGUUGACUAACCAAAUUCAAAUUCAUGUGUCAAAAAUCCACUUGUUCCUUUCAUCCAACCCUAUUCAUUCUUUUGCUCGUAUGGCAUGCUCAGCAUUCUUCGUCAAAGGCAAUCUUCAAUGGCAAGCGCAUGUACUCCUCGGAAUCAAAGUCCCGGACAUCAUUGCCACUACCGCCACAGCACUUCUCCAGUUGUACUGCCGCCUUUUCCGGUCCCCCCACAUCCUCUACAACUUGAUCCAUUCCUUUCUUUCCAACAACCCAGCAAACCUUUUGUUUGGUAACGGGAUCUACAAACGGCUUAAUCAUAGCAUAAAAAGAUCGAAAAACAAAUGGCGGGUUGCAAAUAUACGUUCGGUACAUGCGCUCACAAAAGUGUCGUUGUAAAAUAUCGAGGGUUCGUCUGGUGGUCGACAUGGGUGGCGUCUUGGACAUGUGAAAUCCUUCAUAGUCGAUGACGAGACAUAUUUUCCCGUGUCCGUUCUUUUCGCUACAUCGGACGGCCUUUUCGAUCUGAAAGACCAAGUGACGCAUGUUGUUGUCUUCGUGCAUAGUAUUCUCUCUCCCGGGUCGCAUAUACAU